UUAUGUUUUAUGUUGUAGCAGAAUAAUUUAAAAAUGCACAGUCAGAUUUUGUGUCGCGGCACCGCGGCGGUCGUCGCUGCGAGGAGGAUGCGGAAUAUCUUGGGCUGUGUCCUGGGAAGAGACGGCUGGAUGUGGAGAACCCGUGAGGUCAAACUUCUCAACACGUCCUCAGGUGACACAGUGAAGAUCGGAGAGAUCACCUACAAACUCAAAACACCCCGGAACCCAGAACUCGUUCCUGUCAAACACAUUUCAGACUCACUGCCGCAGACAGUGGCUCAGCACCUACGGUGGAUCAUGCAGAAAGACCUUUUGGGCCAGGACGUGUUUCUCAUUGGUCCUCCAGGACCCCUGAGACGAUCCAUAGCGAUGCAGUACCUUUCCGAGUCUUUCCUUGUCGUUGAGCAGGAGUUGACCAAACGGGAGGUGGAGUACGUGGCUCUGUCCAGAGACACCACAGAGACGGACCUCAAGCAGAGGAGAGAGAUCCGCUCAGGGACGGCCUUCUACAUAGACCAGUGUGCCGUGAGGGCGGCCACACAAGGUCGAGUCCUGGUCCUGGAGGGGCUGGAGAAGGCGGAGAGAAACGUCCUGCCCGUCCUCAACAACCUGCUGGAGAACAGGGAGAUGCAGCUGGAGGACGGACGCUUCCUCAUGUCGGCCGAGCGUUACGACAAGCUGCUGCAGGAGCACACCAAAGAGGAGCUGGACAGCUGGAAGAUUGUGCGGGUAAGUGAGGACUUCCGGGUCAUCGCUCUCGGCCUUCCUGUUCCCAAGUACAAGGGCAACCCGCUGGACCCUCCCCUCCGCUCGCGCUUCCAGGCCAGAGACGUCUACUACCUGCCGUUCAAGGACCAGUUGGAGCUGUUGUACACAGCAGGACCAAACAUUGCUGCAGAAAGGGUGUCCCAGCUGCUGUCUCUGGCCACCACACUGUGCUCCCAGGAAUCCUCCAACCUGGGCCUCCCCGACUUCCCUGUGGACAACCUGCUCCCCGCCCUCCACGUGCUGAACUCCUUCCCCAUGCUGUCCUCCCAGCAGCUCGUCCAGAGGCUUUACCCCUACAACAGUCUCCUGGGGAAGGACGGGCGCAGCGCUGUGGAGGGUGUUCUCAGUAGAUUUGAGCUUCUGGACGGUCGUCGCCAGACGGCACCCGCCGCCAUCACGGGCGUGACCGUGACGAGGGAUCUGGAGGGCCGCGCUGAUGUCACGCUACGUGUCGCGGACAAGGACGUCACCUUUCAGGUCCCGGCGGGAACCAAGGAACCUCGUCAGCCCAGCAGCAGCCCCAACUUCAUCAGCACGCCGAGCCACUCCCAGCUGAUGUCUGAGAUGAUGCAGUCACACAUGGUUAAGGACAUAUGUCUGAUAGGAGCCAAGGGCUGCGGAAAGUCGGUUCUUGCCAGAGAGUUUGCCGAGACGCUGGGUUACAGCAUCGAGCCCGUCAUGCUCUACCAGGACAUGACAGCCAGGGACCUCCUCCAGCAGAGGUACACCCUCCCUAACGGAGACACCGCGUGGAGGCCGUCGCCCCUGGUUACUGCUGCCGUGGAGGGAAAGCUGCUGCUCCUGGAUGGCAUACACAGGGUCAACCUGGGAACCCUGGCAGUGCUGUCCAGGUUACUCCACGACAGGGAGCUGGAUCUGUACGACGGGACCAGGCUGCUGAGGUGGGACAGAUACCAGGCAAUCAAGGAACAACUGCAGUUCACUGACGAGCAACUGCAAGAGAGGUCCAUCUUCCCCAUCCACCCGUCCUUCAGGGUGCUGGCCCUGGCCGAGCCCCCUGUUGUUGGUGCCAGUGCCAGCAGCAGCAGAGGUCAGCAGUGGUUGGGCCCGGAGCUGCUCACUAUGUUCCUGUACCACACCGUCACCCCGCUGGCCAAAGCAGAGGAGAUGGGCCUCAUACAGGGACUGACUCCUGACGUCCCAGAGGAAGCAGCGGAGCAGCUCCUGCACCUCACACAUAGUCUCCGCAAGACAAACGACGCCACCGCACAGUCUCUGGCCUCCUCUCUCUCCACCAGACAGCUGUUGAGGAUCUGUCGCCGUCUCUCUCUGUACCCCGAGGAGAGCAUCGCCCACGCUGUCAAUAAAGCUUGUCUCUCUAGGUUCCUGCCCAGCCUGGCUCGUGCCUCUCUUGAAAAAAGCCUCGCCAGCUGCUCCAUACAGGAAGCUCCAGACCCGGCUGAACACACUCGAGAUUACAGCUGUAUGGUAAAAGAUGGUGUGCUGACUAUCGGCAACGUGUCCGCUCCCGUCUACAACCCCAGCGAGAAAAUGAAGGUUCCAGACGUUCUCUUCUAUGACAACCCCCAGCACAUGAUGGUGAUGGAGGACAUGCUGAAAGACUUCCUGUUAGGGGAGCACCUCCUCCUGGUGGGAAACCAGGGCGUGGGGAAGAAUAAGAUAGUGGACCGGUUCCUGCACCUGCUGAACAGGCCCAGAGAAUACCUGCAGCUCCACAGAGAUACGACUGUCCAGACUCUGACCCUGCAGCCCUCAGUCCGAGAUGGCAUCAUCACGUACGAGGACUCACCUCUGGUGAAAGCAGUGAAACUGGGUCACAUACUGGUGAUUGACGAGGCCGAUAAAGCUCCAACAAACGUCACCUGCAUCCUCAAAACACUGGUGGAGAGCGGAGAAAUGAUCCUGGCCGACGGACGCAGGAUCAUCUCAGAUCCACGUGAAGCCAAGAGCAGACCCAACGCCAUCGUCAUGCAUCCAGACUUCAGGAUGCUCGUGCUGGCUAACAGACCGGGCUUUCCUUUCCUGGGAAACGACUUCUUUGGAGCUCUAGGUGACAUCUUCAGCUGCCACGCCGUGGACAACCCGAAGCCCCAGGCCGAGCUGGCGAUGCUCAAACAGUACGGCCCCGACGUUCCCGAUGCCACGCUGCAGAAACUGGUGGCCGCCUUCGGAGAGCUGCGGUCCAUGGCCGACCAGGGCACCAUCACCUACCCCUACUCCACCCGAGAGGUGGUCAACAUCGUCAAACACCUGCAGAAAUUCCCAGGCGAGGGUUUGGCCAACGUGGUGAGAAACGUCUUCGACUUCGACUCGUACAACAAAGACACGAGGGAGGUUCUGAUCGAAGCGCUGCACAAGCACGGGAUUCCCAUCGGAGCCAAGCCCAGCUCUGUCAAGCUGGCUAAGGAGUUGCCGCUGCCCGAGGUGAAGAUGACGGGAUACUGGACAAUAAACCAAGGUGGCAACGCUCGCCGCAAACUGCUCUGCCCCACGGAGACACACCCCAUAGACAUCAAGGGCCCCGUGUUUCUGCGUGUACAGGGUUACCCCUGCAACAGGCAGGAGAGCAGGGCUUUGAGUUUCAGUGAGGAGAAAACCCACUGGCAGCUUCCCAUGAAUGAAGUCAACAUCAUCUGUGAUGUCACCACCAAAGAUGACAUGCUGUACGUGGCCACGUGUAACCCGGUGUCCCUGUUCUCCAUGAAGGAGCGCGGAGACACCAUCCACUGCAUGGAGCUCUACGACGUCUUCCCCAGGACCGUCAGCGGCGUCUGGCAGCCCUUCGUCACCAUAGCUCCUCUGGGGAGUCCUCUGGAUGGACAGGUGGUGCUGCACGAGGAGCAGAGUAACACGGUGCUCCAUCUGGACUGGGUGACCGGCGCCGUGCGGAGGCUCAUGUUGUCUCCGGACUCGGAUCCGCCCUCCACCAGAACCUCCAACUGGUGGAGCAGCAAGGAGCCGCAGGGAGGACAUAAAAUGUGCCGUGACUUCUCUCACAAGAACUGGCUCCUCUUCUAUAAGGAGGACGGAAACCAGCUGGAGGUGCUGGAUGUGCUGGAGGGCCGGGUUCACUCCAUCUCCCUGCCCAUCAACCUGAAGUGUGUCUUCCUCGUGGCAGAGGACCGAUGGCUGCUGGUGGAGAGCAACACCAACAAGAAGUUCCUGCUGACCAAGCCCGUGCACAUGGCGGCUGAGGACUCUGGAGUGUGUCAGCUCCACAGCGUCAGCGAGGACCCGGUCAGCUCGGGCCACGGAGCCGGUUCAGGUGACGUGUCCGUACCCCAGAUGCUGUCAUGUGAGCAGCUGCCCAGCGAGAACCUCAGUGCCGCCCUGGACCAGAAGAUCGUUUCACCAAACCGUUUACUGGCCGACACCGACUCCUUCGCUCAGGUCGUCGUCGGCUUCCCCGACCUGAUGUCUCCUAACGAGGUGUACAGCUUUAAGAGGCCCGUUGACCUGUCGGCGAUGAAGAGCGGCGAGGGCGGGGCUCACACGUUCCUCAGAGGAGGGCUUCGGUCCAGCGCCGCCAAACAACAGAACUGCGUCAGUCUGCUCUCAGCCAAUCAGGUGGUCCGAGCCCUUCCCCCCAACAAGGUGCCCCUGAAGGAGGUGUACCCCAAAGAUGUCACACCUCCGAUGACAGCGGCGUACCUGGAGGUGACUGAUCUGAACGCCAAGAAAGUCAAAUACAUCCCUGUCCCGAGGUCAAUGUCCGUGUCGCCUUACACCAGCUGGUUGUCCAAGGUGUCCGAGUCCGACGUGCUGAUGGCUCCCCUCGGCUCCGGGGGUGUGGUCACAGUGGACAUGGGCGGGUACGUCCGGCUGUGGGAGACGGGACUGGACGCCCUGCAGCGGUCACUGAUGGAAUGGAGAAACAUGAUCGGGACGGAGGACGGCCGACCCUUACAGAUCACCAUCCAGAGGGACAGCGGUCUGGACGUCACGGCCCCUAAACACGGCAAGAUGGACCCCAACAACGCUCCUCAUGUCGGGGGAAACCAGUGGGCGGGAGGCACAGGCGGCAGAGACACGGCGGGGCUGGGAGGUAAAGGGGGACCCUAUCGUCUGGAUGCUGGACACAAGGUCUACCAGGUCUCCCAGGCCGAGAAGGACGCAGUCCCAGAGGACGUCCGCAGAGCCGCCCGAGAAAUGGCUGAGAAGGCCUUCAAAGAUCGGUUGAAGGAGAUCGACAUGAGCGAAUAUGACGCCACCACGUACGAGCGCUUCUCCGCCGCCGUGAGGAGACAGGUUCAGUCGCUACGCAUCAUCCUGGACAGCUUACAGGCUAAAGGGAAGGAGCGGCAGUGGCUGAAGAACCAGGCUCUGGGAGAACUGGAUGAUGCUAAAAUCAUUGAUGGUCUGACUGGAGAGAAGGCCAUCUAUAAACGCAGGGGAGAGCUGGACCCAGAGCUGGGCAGUCCUCAGCAGAAGCCCAAGCGUCUACGCGUUCUGGCCGACGUGUCGGGCAGCAUGUACCGCUUCAACGGCGUGGACGGCAGGCUGGAGCGCUCCAUGGAGGCGGUGUGCAUGGUCAUGGAGGCUCUGGAGAGCUACGAGCACAAGUUCAAGUACGACAUCGUCGGCCACUCAGGCGACGGCUACGACAUCGAGCUGGUCAGAGCCGACAAAGUCCCCAAGAACAACAAGCAGAGACUCAAAGUCCUCAAGACCAUGCACGCCCACGCUCAGUUCUGCAUGAGCGGCGACUUCACCCUGGAGGGCACGGACGCCAGCAUCAAGGAGCUGGCACGAGAAGAGGCCGACGAGCACUUUGUGGUGGUGCUGAGCGACGCCAACCUGGAGCGCUACGGCAUCCGGCCCGAGCGCUUCGCCCACGUCCUGACCUCUGACCCGCAGGUCAACGCCUUCGCCAUCUUCAUCGGAUCCCUGGGAGAUCAGGCCGACAGACUCCAAAAGACCCUUCCAGCCGGGAGAUCCUUCGUUGCCAUGGACACUAAGCAGAUCCCCCAAAUACUGCAGCAGAUCUUCACAUCUACAAUGCUGUCCAGUGCCUGAGCCUGACGCGCACACACACACACACACACACACACACACACACACACACACACACACACACACACUCUCUCUCACCUUAUCUCACAUUGAAAACUUCAUGAUUCGUUCUGCAUGUUCUGAAAGCUGUCAGCCGUGUGGCACAGUGUCUUAUCACGGCGUGUCCUUAACCCGCCGUCUGUAUCAGGUCUGAAUCAGGUCUGAAGACUCGCCUACAUGCAGG